AGCCCAUAACAUAGUCUCACUCUAGUCAGUAAGGGGCCGGAUGACAUCAACCGGUUCUCCGGAAUGUAUGUUGCAUGUGUAUGCCGAAUAGGGAUACUUUGCAGGAAAGGUACCACUGUCAGAGUAUGCAAGUCUACGGAGAAUUUGUUAAUUAAUGUCGUAGAAGCUGGGCUCCUUUACGCCCUUUCAUGGAUAACACUGACUUUACAAACGGUUUUUCGUCACCACAUUGGAGGAUCAGGCAGACAUCUGAUUCACCUCGUAUUGCCAGAGCCAAGGUUUAAGGGUACUGUGGUACUGUGGUACAUGCGGUGGAGUUGCACUUCCGGGAACCCAAGAAGCUCCCGAAAUGCGGGGAUGAAAGAACCUCCCCAGGCAUUUUUAUGGACCGCGACAGGUGCCGAACCGCUUCCAUACUUUUAUAUUUACAUAUAUUUAUGCUUUUUUCCCUUUCCUUCUUACCUGAAUUUGGUCAGUUCUACGAAAGGGCUACGAUCCUACAGAGGGAGAACCUUCUUGGAAACAUUCCAUUCACAGCUGUCAUUCCAACAUACAUGUAUCUGCGACUGUCACUCAGAAAAGUGACGGCUGCCACAUCCGCUAUUUGUCCUAUCCCGCGGUUCCCACACGAGAACGGGGGACCACUUGACCUUGAGUCCUAGUUAAAACAGGGUCGGGGCAAAGACAGGGAUGAGCGCCAG